GCAAUUUUUAAAAAUAAAAUAAAAAAAAUAGCGAGAUCUCCUUUCGAAUCUCUUAAUAUACAUCUUUUUAAACCAUGGUUCCCAAGAAGAUUCAAAGUAAGCGUGUCCGUACCGCACAUAAGCAUAGAAUCUUGAAGCGUAUUGUCGAUCAUCAUCGUAAGGAACGUAGAUCUGCCAGAAAGAAUCCUGGACAACACAACAAAACCAAGAAAGAUCCCGGAAUUCCCAACGCCUGGCCUUUCAAGGAAGACCUUUUGAACGAACUCGAAUCACUCAAGAACGAGGACGAGAAUGAAAAGAACAGAAUUCGAUUAGUCAACCAAGCUGAAAGAGCCAAGGCAAAGAAGGCUGCAAAGAAGGCCGAGAUUGCUGCCAAUAUUGCUGCUUCCACUGCUGCUGCCAAGGUUGCAAAGCAAGCCAAGGAGACAAAAGCAAAUGCAAAGACCGAAAAAUCAAAUGCAAAGGCUGCCAAGGUUGCCAGAGUCACAAAGACAGAAAAGAUAGAAAAGGUGACUAAGGGUGUCAAGGCUGGAAAGGUCACCAAGGCCAAGGCCAGUAAGAAAUAAAUAACCACAUCUCACUCACUCACUUACAACGCCUACCACCACUUCGCACAACAAACCCACACUUCAUUACACACUUUAAAAUCCCAUAUUGUCAAUAUACGUCUUUUUUUUAUACAUAACAAAA